GCGGUGGGGGCAAGGCUGGUCGACUGCCUCUGUCUGCUGGCACUGGGCUUGUGUUUGUAUUUGUCUCCAGUGAAUUCUUUGCAACAAAACUAGAUUAGAGUCUGACCAUGAGUAAGGACACAGGAAAAAAGAAGAAUUAUUUUCCGUUUAGUAUAGGGAAGCACUUAAUGCAACAGACCAGUGUUCUGCUACUUGCCUGGACCUGGGGCCCUUCCUCAGCAGUACCAGUUUGACUGUCUUUGCUAUUUAAAAGUGAUUUUUUUUUUUUUUUUUUUCCUCUUCAGCUGCCAUCUAGUUGGUGGUGGAAGGGUGUUUAUGGGAGCAGGAGCAUCACGGCUCCGUAGCGGAGGUUUUCUGACUUCUGUUGUGUAUCGGCACCACGCGCUCAGAAGAAUGAUUGAACUGAGCUGCGUUCCUCACACUAACAAACGCCUUGAUAACCGAAGCUCCCGGGCCAUGCUAAAACCAGGUGGUUCGAGCUGAUCCAAGUCAGGUAGCCGAUAUCCAUAACGCGUCCCCUCCCCGACACAGAGCUGCGCAGCAGAUGAGUAAGGACAAAGCACGGCGUGGGGGUGUUCUGUCAGCUGUAUGGAAGCUGCCUUCCUGCUUGUGUUCACCUUCUGCUUGCCUUGGAACAAACUGAGAGGAGAGGGGGUAAAAAAGCCUAAACAGGACCUGUCAUUUAUUGAUAUCAAAAAACCCACCUAAAAUCCGUGAGAAUUGAAUCGGGUAAAAAAUAAAGCACGCCUAGAAAAUCAAGUUACUUAAGGUUUUCUAUUUGAUGUAAAUCAGUCACUAGAAUUAAUUCAUCUUUCGACAGCCAAGACAUGCCCUAGAUAUUUACAACUCCUUAAUUGUGCGCCGAUUACCUGCGUGUGCACGUGUAGUUGAGCAAGAGUUGUAUUCAUAAAAUGACAAACGAGUUACACGUUUGCUUAGGCACCAGGAGCUUUUGCUGUAACGCCUCUCGCUCGCAGGUAUAUUUGUAGAACUGAGCCGAUGGGUCGGUUUAUGUCCUGACUCUGCCGUUUCUACAGCUGGGGCUUAUUGAUGCCUAUAUACAUAUGGUUAAAAAAUUGCCAUAGCGCCUCGUCCCUAGUUUGUGUUUUAUAGAACAGCAGACCUUACCAUGGCUACUUGAAGAACAUAAGGGCCGACACGGACGCGUGUGGCAGCGACUGCCUGCGAGCAGGUCAAAUCUUUCCUAAAACCCUGAUGGUGCUUUUUCAGUAAUUCCUAUUCAUCAGGUGACUCGGCUCUAAUCCUGCCGCACAGAGGCGCUCGGAGCGGGGACACCUUUGCGGAUUAGGCAACGAGCAGCAUCGAGGGCUGGUGGGGUAGAGCACAGCGUAAGCAGCUGGGCUGGCUCGGUAAGGCGCAGCUUAGUCACUUCCUUUGGAAAGGAUGUAGGAUGCACCUACCUCCUGUGUGGGAGUCCCACCCGACCCUCCUAAAGUCAGAGCAAAAUGUCGAGGUGUUCCCUGCUUACCAGGGAUGAACCCUCUCACAGGCUGGGUGUGCUGGUCUGGCCUGGUACCGGUAGGCACAGCAGUGAACUCGGGCUUUGCACCGUCCGAGAAGACACGAGAAGGGGUUAGAUGAAACCAGGCCCAGCACGAACAAGCCUUGAGCACGAACGGUUCUCGGGACGGUCCCCUCUCACGGCUGCUCCUGACCUUCCUCGCUGCAGUCACCUGGACAAAGGUGGAGAACCUCAGCCUGCUUUCACCACAUCCCUGCACCGCUGGGAGACCAGGCUUGGGAGAAAAUCACCAUCGCUUCCUCGCUCUUCUGUGGAUGUAACACCCCGGUGACCUUUGUCACCAGCCCGGAGCUGUCCUCCAUCAGCUGGGAAGAAGAAUGUCCCCGUUUGUCUGACGAGGCACUGUGGCUUGUUGCCCAGAUUCCCCGGCUCAACAAGCCCUUACUCAUCCGCUUGUUCAGAGCAGGGCUUUCACGAGGUCCCCUCUGAGCCCCACGAGGACAUUUCUCAGCUGGUGGCCUGGUGGAAACAGGAGAACAAGAGCUGUAGGUGACGGCGGGGCUCCCGGAGGUGUGUCUGCCGCAGGGCUGGGCACUCAACUCCUGCAGCAGAGUCCAGAGGCACCUGUACAGGACCUAGGCGUGUCGGGAAACCUGAUGCCUCACCUCCGCCAAUGUGGAGGCGGAGGGAGGAGGGCUCAAAGACAUGUCCCUUCACGCUCGCAACAGCUGAAAACGGAGAAGGAAACUCGCUAGAGCUUUUUUUUUUACCAGCGCAGGAGGCCUCGCUGUCCCGCUCUCGCCACAGAAGCCCUCCCGUACUCCGGUACUCUGGGGGGGUGGCAGUCCCGCACCCGCCGGGCGAUGAACAUCGCAAGGAGAAGAGGCUUUUAUAGACAGGAGGUCAACAAAACUCUCUGGGAGCUGCCCAGGAGAUACACGUCCCUCCACCCCGUGGGGUCCGGAGCCUACGGCUCAGUGUGUUCAGCCAUAGACAAGAAGACAGGGGAGAAAGUGGCUAUCAAGAAGCUGUGCCGCCCGUUCCAGUCGGAGAUCUUUGCCAAGAGAGCAUACAGAGAGCUGAUGCUGUUGAAGCACAUGCAACAUGAGAACGUCAUCGGGCUGCUUGAUGUUUUCACCUCCGCCGCCUCCUACCAGGGAUUCCAGGACUUCUACCUGGUGAUGCCGUACAUGCGGACAGAUUUACAAAAGAUCAUGGGACACGAAUUCAGUGAUGAAAAGAUCCAGUACCUGGUCUACCAAAUGCUGAAAGGGCUGAAGUAUAUUCAUUCAGCCGGAAUCAUCCACAGGGACCUGAAGCCAGGCAACCUGGCUGUGAACGAAGACUGUCAGCUAAAGAUCUUGGAUUUUGGCUUGGCCAGACACGCCGAUGCUGAAAUGACCGGCUACGUGGUUACACGCUGGUACAGAGCCCCAGAAGUCAUUCUGAACUGGAUGCAUUACAACCAGACGGUGGAUAUCUGGUCUAUUGGCUGUAUCAUGGCAGAAAUGCUGACCGGGAAAACGCUGUUUAAAGGAAAAGACUACCUAGAUCAACUGACUCAGAUCCUGAAAGUAACGGGGCAUCCAGGAGAAGACUUUGUGGAGAAGCUGGAGGACAAAGCGGCUAAGAGUUACAUCAAGUCCCUUCCUAAAAUCCCCAAGAAGGACUUGUCUGUGCUUUUCCCCAAAGCCAAUCCUCAAGCAGUGGAUCUGCUUGACAAGAUGUUGCAGCUGGAUGUGGAAAAGCGCCUUACAGCGACGGAGGCGUUGGCUCACCCCUAUUUCGACCAGUUCCGAGACGUCGAGGAGGAGACAGAAGCGCAACAGUCCUACGAUGAUUCUCUGGAACAUGAAAAGCUUUCGAUAGAUGAGUGGAGAAAGCAUAUAUACAAGGAGAUCUUGUCCUUCAGUCCCAUUGCACGGAAGGACUCAAAGAAGCGAAGCGGGAUGUCAUUAUAGCGACCGGCGCGGCUGUGGCCAGGAUUUAAUUCUCCUGUAUGACCGAUGGGAUUUACUCCUCGUUGCCUUGCUGGUGGCCAUCGUUUGGCCUGUGGGACUUCUCUGCGUGCAAACGCAAGGAUGACGCCGCGUUGUGGGCAUUGGACUUUGUUCUGUUAAAGGGGGAAGCACCCCACAUGGUUUUCAACACAAUAGAUAAAUAUAUUCUCAUUGAAACUUUAA